AUGACCAACUCCAUCACCUUUUCUAUUGUUAGUUCCACGACGGCGAUCAUUUCCACGCCUUUUACGACCGCGUCGAUCAGAAUUAUGUUUAUCCAUAAUAACAAGCGCUUUUUAGUUCAGGGUGAAUAUGUGUUGUUACACGGUCCACGUGCUUCCGGGAAAUCCACAAGCGCUUUACGAGCCAAGGAUCAACUGGAAACUAAAUCUUAUAAAUUUCAUAAUAUACCCAUUAUGGAAACAUUAGAUGACAUAAGGGAUGUAUUUUCGACAAAUGCAGAGAUUUGGAGCUAA